AUGGCGCUCAGCACGUUGGGGAUGCCGCAGGCCUUUGGUUCGACGGGGCAGGAGCAGUUGAUGGCCAUGGACCCUAGCGUGCCGCGAGUGAAGGUGAUCUCGCCUGGCUGUGAACUGCGACUCAUUGUGGAUGACGACAAGCACGCGCGCGUGAAGUUGCUUCCGCAGCAGUUCCCCACCUCUCGUCCGGGGCAACCGGCCGAGGCCAGUGCCGAGAUCUUCGGUGCUGAGCUGGUGCCUCAGCAGGACUACCCUCUGCUGGGGGGCACGCGCACAGCGAUCUUCUCUUGGCAUGGCUGCAAGGUCCAGGUCUCUGGGCCCACGGUCCAGGAGUACGACGCGCCGAAUGUGGUGAUGCGGGACUACUUGUGCUGCGCGGCCGUCCUGGAGCAACGGCGGAUGAGGGCAGACGAUCUGGGCCUGCCGGCACCGCGGGUGUUAGUCUGCGGCUCGGCCUUCUCAGGGAAGAGCGCUCUGUGCCAGAUCUUAUGCAACUAUGCGCUCCGAAGAGAACAUACUCCUGUCUUCGUGGACUUAGACACGCGCUAUUCCAACAUCCGCCAGCUGCAGAGCAUGCCCGCCUGUGUGACGGCCAUGACGGUGGAACAUGCAGCGGACGAGGAGCCAUUGAAUCGAAUCGCCUACUUCUUUGGCCACCUGGAUUGGAGUGAGAACCCGCGCUGGUACCAACGGGUGGUGUCCCAUCUCAGCCGCGUGGUCUCCGCCAAGUUGUCGCAUGCUACUUCGAGAGAGGGUGCCCGGACCAGCUCCAGUGGCUUAGUGGUCAAUGCGCCCUUCCAGCCAACGCCUGCGCUGCUGGAGAAGAUUGUUGAGAUGUUCGAGAUUGAUGUGGUCUUGGUCUUGGAUAGCGAAGGCUUGCACGCGGCUUUGUGCAAGAUGUUCGCUGGCCUUCCCAAGGUCAAUGGGGUGCCCAAAGUGGAAGUGGUGCUACUUCCCAAGGCGGGCGGCGUGGUCCAAGCAGCGCAGAAGCGGAUCCGCUACCUGCGGGCGCUAAGAGUGCGAGACUAUUUCUACGGUGUCAUGCGCGAGUUCAGCCCCUUCUCCGUGCUCGUGGACCUAAGCGAUGUGCAGCUGGUGCAAGUGGAACAGUCCACGCUGUCGGCUGGGAUGCUUCCCAUGGGCCAGGCCGUCUGGCGACAGCUUUGGGACAGCUUUGAAUACAGCGCCGUUCAUAGCAGGUGUGGCUUACAAGUGAUAAAGCAUGAUAAAGCAAUUGAUGGCUUGUAG